AUGGCUCCACCACUAGACACAUCUGCUCGCUUUGACGUGCCUCGUAACAUUCACUAUCCGGCCACCCUCAAAAUACACGACCAACGAUAUCAGCGUCAACACGAGCACUUACAUGAACAACAAUACGACCUCGCACACCAAAGCCAGCACGAACAACAGCCACAACAAACAACUAUACGCAAACUCGUCGACAAAUCAACGCGUCUCGUCAAGAAUGCCUACGACCUCAUCCUCCUCAACCUCGUCCUUCCCCUCCUCAGUCUCAUCUACUUCAAACACUCCACCAGCCCGCUCCACCACACAAGCACAAUCAUUCAUCCCACAGCCGCCAAUACAGUUUCAUUCAGCACCCUGAUCGGUCAACUCUUCUUCGGAUGCCUGGGUGGCGCCUAUGGUCGUCACAAGUUCUACAGUCUCGACCUAGUGAUCAUCAUCUUUGGGACUCUCUUCUGUGCGUUUUCGAGUGGUGACGGAGGAUCGGAUGGUACCAAAGGAGGAGGAGGCACGGCGAUGAUUCAGUACCUCACCUUCUGGCGCUUCGUCCUUGCAUUUGGGAUCGGAAGCGAUUACCCUAUCUCAGCGACCGUGCCCUCGGAAGAAGCUGCGGUGAUCAGUCGUCGGCGACGAGGCGGGCAAUUGGUUACGAUCUUGACGUCGAUCCAAGGGCUAGGCAACUUGAUGGCCUCCAUAGUCACCCUUAUGGUACUGAUCUUGUUCCGGGCCAUGAUUAUUGAUGAUGGUGCUUCCGAGAACAUGGAUAUGGUCUGGAGGAUCUGUAUUGCUGUAGGAUGUCUUCCUGCUCUGUCGACGGCCCUUGUUCGGUUUACUAUGCCUACUAGUGCACCUGAGUCUGAAUCUGGAUCCGGAUCUCGACUUGCUGUGGAUCCACAGAGUCGGUUUGACGAUGAUAUCGAUGUUCUUCCCAUGAAUGGCGUGCCAGAUAAGGUCGAUGAGGAGAACAUGUCCUCUGCACCUGACCCUAGCUUUCCUCCACCAGCAGCACAUUCAACCUCAACAUCACUUUUCAAAGCCCCGGAGAGACGACGCGUUCACGCCACCCGACAGUUCCACGAAUACUGCUCCCAAAGGAAAAACCUCAAGGUCCUGAUCGGCACCUCCCUCUCCUGGUUCCUCCUCGACAUUGCCUUCCGCAGCAUAGCGCUCAACCAAUUAUACCUCCUCGACGCCCUCGGCAUGACCUACUCCUCCGACAACGCCCAGGACACCUCCGACAACACCACCACCACCACCACCAACAAGACAACUCUCUACCACCACCUCUGGAUGACGACCCUCGGAAACCUCACCAUCUCCCUCCUGGGGAUCGUACCCGGCUACUGGUUCGCCAUCUUCUCGAUCGAAAAGAUUCAUCGUAAACGAACACAGUUCCUGGGGUUCGCCUUGCUACUGCUGUUUUUUACUUUACUCUCGACGGCGUUCCAUCAAUUGAAGGCCAUUGUCCCCCUUUUUAUUACGACGUUUACAUUUUCGCAGUUCUUUUCGAACCUUACCUCUUCGACCCCGUUCGUGGUUCCUGGAGAUGUCUUCCCGACGCGUGUGCGCGCGACGGCGCACGGUAUCUCGGCAGGGUCUGGGAAAGUUGGUGCGGUCCUGGCGACGGUGAUGUUUAAUCGGCUGGUAGAGAUGGACAGCCCCUUGGGUGACUCUUCAAAGGGUAUUACUGCUGUUGGAGUUGUGUUUGGGUUGGUGGUGAUGACUGUAGGGUUUCUGGUGGUUGCGUUUGUCUUCCCACGAGGUGCCCGACGGUUGUUGUCGUCUAAACUUGUAUGGUCUCGUAGUAGUUAG